UUGAUAUUUUUGAUCAUUUCAUUUCGUGUUUCGUUGUAGAGUAAAAACCGAAUUUUACAGAUUAGGCGUUCAAAGUUUUUAUUCUCCUAAGUGUUGAAUAUAGAACACAUUUGACUUUUUACAGUGUAUACUAUCCUUAUAAAUAAAGAGUCACCUUAUGGACUGAAUGAUGGGAUGAGCCAAAUACUUGGGUGGAGGUAGAAUAAAAAGUUGGUGAUAAAAACAAUCAUUCUCAAAAUGUUUACCCAGAGGAUACUUCUAAUUAUAUUAUCAUUAGUUUAUACUGUUUCAACGACACAUAUACAAGGGGAAUUUUCUACAGGAGAGUUCUUUAAAUUCCUUGUCAAAUUUGGCUUCCAAAAGACAGAUAUUCACUACCAAAAGCAAACAUAUGGAUAUAUUUUUGGUAAUAUAACAUCAAAUGAACAGUUCAAGUAUCCCAUUACCUUCGCUGUUUUGGAUAGAUAUCAUUUUUUACAUUAUUAUAAAAAUAGGAAUAUACCAAAUAAAGAAUCGGCAUGUCAGGUUAUGUUUCAACAUCUGAAUAGUUCAGCAUUCCAUCCUAUAUGUAAUGGGAAAGGACAGGAUUUAUUCAGGAGAAUACCGUGCCCUAAAGGCGAGCUUUGCAUCGAUGAGGAUAUGCCCUGGAAUGUCGUGAAAAAUAAUCAGUUUACGUAUCUGAUUAUGAAUACUGGACAGCCUAGAUUUUGGUACGUCUCAAUGGUGUCCUGUUAUCUGGACGAGACGGAUUGUACCUGGCACCACUACACUGGAGCACCGUCAAAAGGCAACAAAACGCUAACCAACGUACCUCAGACGAUAAACUAUGACUUCUGGCUUGUGAACGGGAGUCCUAACCUGUCAUUGACCAAUACACUACUGUAUCAGUUCUCAUUUGAUAGACAGAAUACGCUUGAGCUGUAUUUGGUGUUCUGGCUGUUUUAUAUUAUACUAUUGCCGGUGCAGAUUUAUGCGGUCAGGACCCAGAAGCACCCAGUAACGAAACUGUUUACGUUCAGCCUCGUGCUGGAAUUCAUAUCGUUCUGUUUCAACGUACUACACACUGUGAAGUUUGCAGCUGAUGGUGUCGGUUUUCCUAAUUUGGCAGUCGCUGGUGAUAUCCUGGAUAUUAUGAGCAGGACCCUGUUCAUGUUACUGCUGCUGUUGCUGGCUAAAGGCUGGGCGGUGACUCGCAUAGAGCUGACUCACAAACCGCUCGUGUUCGGCGUUUGGUUGGCGUUCGGGAUAGUUCACAUAUUGCUGUACGUGUGGAACACUACGGAGGUGGACAUAAUCGAGGAGAUCGACGAGUACCAGACGUGGCCGGGCUGGCUGGCGCUGGCGCUGCGCGUGGGCAUCAUGGCGUGGUUCGUGCUGGAGCUGCGCCUCACGCUGCGCCACGAGCACCACGCGCCGCGCCUGCACUUCCUGCUGCACUUCGGCGCCUCCAGCCUCGUGUGGCUCGUGUACCUGCCGCUCAGCGCGCUCGUGGCGCUGCAGGUCAGCCCGCUGUGGCGCUCCAAGUUCCUGCUGGGUAUAACAAACUCUGCCGACUGCUUGUCGUUCUGCGUGAUGUCUCAUCUUCUGUGGCCGACGCGAUCCGAGCAGUACCUCCUGCUCUCCCCACCGGACUAUACUGCGGGCAUCGACGAGCUGGACGAGUUCAGCGAAUCCCCUCACGUGGUCCACAGCGACACUGUCGCCCUCACCACAUCGGAAAACGUGAACGCCGACGAGGAAGAGAUCAUAUUCACACGGGCGCCGCUAAAGAAUGCCGCGUACUCAUAGCAAACGUAAAUUUGUCGGUUGCGAUUUUGUGUGAAACGGAACGUGGUAGCAGAUUUCGCGCGCACUUCGUUCAAAAACCGAAUGAGUUGAAAUUUUAUACGAAACGGAACGAAGCAGAGUUCGUUUUUUAAACUCGACAAAUAGUUUUUUUGUUUGCUAGUUUUUUACCGGUGCUUUUGGGCGAAGUUCAAAAAUAAAAAAAAAAAAUUAUUCGAUUUUUAUUAAAAUGCAUUUUGCUGCGAUAUGGAAAGCGCUAGAAAACAAACUACCUCCCCGUAUUAGCCCAAAAAGCGGCAGAUGGAGUGACGAAUUGAAUAAUCGUAUCGUAUUCUAUAUAUGAUCUGUUUGUUCGAAUUUAGGUAAUUGCACAAUUUCUAUACUUAAUUGAUGUUAUUGUGGUGAAAAUGUAAGCGGAACAUAAGUUUUGCCAAGAUUAUAGUUAUUUAAGAAAAAUCGGAGAAGUCACCGGCAUAUUUCUUCUCUAUUUUGACGAGUUCAAAUGGAAAAAGAGUCGUUCGAAGCAGCGUAACAACCAAUCAUUUCACGCUCGUGAAAAUGGAGCUCCGUGAUUGGUUUAUUGAACACAAAUCCUCUUGUGUGAAAUUAUAACCUAACUUUAGCGUGAUGAUAUAAAUGAAAACUUAAAUUGUUUUCAAUGUUUAUCAAGAGUUAAUAAAAUUGAACAACAAUAAGGUUUUUGACCAUUUAUCGACAAAAUUGAUGAUUUUUGUGUUUACGUUUGAUAGAAUAUGCAAAAAAGCUGUACCUAUAAGCCGCGAAAAUUGAAAUACAAAAAAGUGCCAAUGUGAAACGAACAAUGAGUAAAGUAACAGCUAGAUAGAAUUAAUUUCCACUACAUUUACUACAAAAGUAAUGAAUUUAUUAAGAAUUAAGAUAAGAUAGGCAUUCGGUUGAAUGCGUUGCCGUAUUUUGACCACAUUGUUUUGUGUGUGAAAUCAAUGUGUAUGUUAAAUUUCGACAAGCUUAAAUGUAUGUAUGUAGUAUUGAAUCUAAAAUAAAAAAUCGGUUGUCUGUAAAGUCGGUUUACUGACGAGAGUUGAACGAGACAACGUCUUAAGAAAAUACUGAUGGAAUGGUAGCAUUGUUCAAAAGAAAAUUUUAAAUUAAUUUGUUUAAUAGAUUUGUAUGUAUAUAGAGAAGGAGGUAUACGCUGCCGAACGCGAAGGGCGAUUGUGCCUCUUUGUCGCUCGUUCCGCGCUCUCGCUUGCACUUCAAGCCUUACAUGGAACGCCUCAGAGCGAGGUAACGCCGCAUGAGUCAUGUUUUUUCGCGCGUGCAGCCGGCUCAAUCGAAUUAUAAGACGUUGUCACGUCAAAAAAUGCGUUUGCCGUAUAAGACCGCUCUAUACACAUGUAAUAUCAAAUUGGAAAAUUAUACGAUACAGAGUUAAAAAUAUAAUGAAAAUAUUGAAUAUCUGCCUAUAAUUAAAGCAUUGUAGGGCUCUCAUGUUAAUUUCGAUGUACAGUGCUACAUAAAUGUGUAGGUAUGUUAUUUUUUAUAGGUACCACGGCUCAGGAGAUGCUUGGGUCACAUACUAUACAGCACAAGGCGAAAUGGCACACGUAUCUCUUUAGCCAUACAUAAUAAUUACACAACCGACCCGACACUUCGCGAUUCCUGCCUAUUAAUGUUGGUAUAUUUUUCAUGUGGUCUAAGUAUGUAUAACCCGUUUCCAUAAAGAAACGAAUCCAAAAUGGCGGCCAAAUUCAUGACCUCUCACUUGCAUACUAUUGCCGUCUUCACUCAUAGGUACACUGCGGUACUGCACAAAAAAUACAGCUGUUGUUUAUUUUGUUUAGUUUUGAAUUGUGAUUAUGUUCUCACUUUUUUUUUAAAUAUUACUCUACUACUGUUUCUUCAUCGCCUUGUAUUGUUUUAAUGUUAUAUAUUCAAUGUACAGAAAUUAAUUUUUAAGUAAAAAUAUUUUAACCAAACAAAAAUUUUUUUGCUAACCCUACGAUCUGUCAGUGUAAGUUCCUAUUUGACGCCAUUUUGUAUUUGUUUCUUUAUUCAAAUGGAUUGUAUUUGAGUAGAAAAUUGGAAGGCACUAGGCCGUGUGGUAGAUUGCCUACGCGCCACCAACCGACCAAAUGAAGUCUUCUGUGGGCUAGUCCAUUAACCAGUAGGAUGACUUCGAGCAGAGAAAAAUGGCGGAGCAUCGUGCGGAGUGUUCUAUCUACCCCCUCCACUUCCGUCACUACAUGACGACCACGACCACUAUGGCAAGAGUGUAUCGAUGAAGAAGUAUGUAGGUAUGUAUGUAUGUACAUUAUUAUUAUUUAACACAUGUUUUAACGCGCACAUACAUAUAGUCUUACUGUCGUUGUUUCAACGGCUUUCAGUCACGAGUCAAUAAAAAUGAUCAAAAAUGACGUAGGCGUAUGUGUAAAAAAAGAUAUGUAACUUGCAACUUUAUUAAAUGCAACGCGAUAUUUAAUAUAAAAAUUUAAUUUUUGACAUAAGGAUUUGACUGUUUUAAAGUCGAUGCAAGUUAAAACAAAUGUAAGUUAUUUAAAUACAUUUACAAAAAUCUAAGAUUGAAUAAAACAUAUUCAACAUUUUUUAUGCACAUCAAUAUCACUACGUCGUUCGUAUAAAGCAAAGUGUAUGUCCCUAUGUCUGUAUGUAUGCUUAGAUCUUUAAAACUACAACGUUUUUUAAUAGAGUGAUUCAAGAGGAAGAUUUAUAUUAAGGUAUAAUGCUUCUAUGCGUAGCCAGGGCGGGUCGCUAGUAUCCUAUGAAAUUAAAAAAGCCUCAUUCAACAUUUUGAACAUUUAUUUUCAACAUAAUGAAAAAUUAAAAAAAAAAAACAUGACUGAGCAUAAUUAUAACUGAAAAAUAAUUUAAAAAAGCAACUGCAAAAUAGUUCAUGUCAAUGUUCUUACUUGUUCUGAACUGUAAGCCAUAACCCUUCUAAAGGAGUCGGGUAAAAACAAACCUCGGAGCGGCAGAGAUAAAGCCAAUGUAUUUUAUGCCAAAUUUUUCAUUGCCUAUUCGCUUUUAUAGUGUUGUGUAUGUAGCGCCUUUUUAGUAUAUUUGACAUAAAAUUUAGUCACGAUAAUUUAGAUAUUACACAUUUAUUUUAGUCAGUUGUGGUCGUGUGUGAAAAUUCUUAAAGAUUAUUUUGGACUUUGAUUCACAUUAUUGGUGUUAUUGAACGCUUAUAAGUUUAUAUAUUAAAUGGAAACAUGUUUGCGUUAAGCAUUUUAAAAUGUAAAAUACCAACUUUUGGCUAAAUUUAUAGUUAUUACGUAAUAUUUUAUAAGGUUUCCUAAAAUUAAUAGGUAGAUAGAUUAAAAUAUCUAGUGAGAAGGCUAAUAGAAGUGGUAGGCAUUAGUACCAUGCCGUAAUAAAAAGAAAAGGAUAGGUAGCGACAAAGAUUACACAUACUAUAAGAUUUGAUGGCAAAUAUUCAAAGCUGUAUACAACAAUAUUAUGUUGUCAAAUUAAGGAGCUAUCAUUUUAAACAGAAGAUAAAGGAAGCGCAUCUAUUGAUUUUUAUGUGCGAUUAAAAUAUCGGCAAGUUGGCGUGGCAUUAUAGCUCUUACUGUACUGUAAAGAAUAGAAAGCGUGGUACAAAAGUUGUUGUAAAAUUUAAGUGAAAACCAACGAAAAGCCUGUUCGUCAAAUUGAUCACAUGUCUUAUGAAAUAAAUACUAUUUAAAUACUUAUAUACAUUUUGUAUACAAAAACGGACGUUUUAUUAUAGUAAAUAGAGUACAUUUGAAAUUGACGUUGAUAUAAGGCCCUUGUUCGUGGUUUUUUUUAUACAAUAUCGGAUUAGGCAUUUGUCUACCAUCUCACCUGUCGGUAAGCGAUGAUGAGGAUGUUACACAUCUAUUCAAGAGAUACCCAUUUAUUCUACUUUUGAAUAUUUGUGGACAGUGCUUACCUCUAUGUCUCGAUGUUCCGGGUUCGAUCUUAGAGACAUGAAAAAUUUACUUUUUCUGGUUGGGUCUACAAUUAAAUGUGUGAUGGCAUUUCAUCAGUUUCAACUGUGCUCAACAGGCAGGAUGUAAAAGUACCUUUGAAACACAGAAACAAAAAAUGCGGAAUCAAAUCUUAUUGGUAAUCACCCAAAGUGGAAUAAUACAAUUUAUUUAAGCUGAAAUAAUGCAAUAUACUCUCUAUUGUUCAAAGAGGGCGCCAUCUUAUAUUGAAUAAUUUAAAUUCAUGGUUGAUGACAGUUAAGUUUUAAUGGCAUUUAUAGAUGGCGCCACAAGCUACAUAUGACUACCCUGUCCUGUACGACAGACAAAAAUUGUCUUUCAAUUACGAAUAUUUACUUUUGUUCAAAAUUUUGGAGGGAAAUGUUUUUGUUGCGACUGUGAUUCAGGUGUUUUCUUAGUUAUAUUUGUCAAUAUCAUUGAAAUAAACAGAUUAUAUUAUUAUUAUCAUACGGUACUUUGGCAUCCUGUGUAUUUUUAAGUAGUUCGUAAUCUUGCAGUAAGUACAUGUAGAUCUCAAAUCGGAUUUUAUAAUUUUGAUACGGUUUUUUUAAAGCCUCGCUCCUUGCACCUUGUUAUAUUUUCAUUAUUUUUACAUUGGGUAUUUUGAUAACGUAAAAGAAUUUUGAAAAUUUCUUUUACAAAGUUUAUAAAGCGAUUUUCUUUUGCGUUGUAAACUAAACGUAAAAAAAUUUUCUUUAGGAGCUAGUGUGUUAUUAAGCUUUAUUUUCCUUUCUUUCUUUCUUCAAUUCCAGUAGAUUAGUAUUAUUAUGAAAGCUAGAUACUUAUUAGCUAGAACUUUGUAGUCUUAUCAAUUAGAUGUUAAUUUAUCUGUUCUGUGAAAACUAUUCGAAUAUAAAAUUUACAAAGAUAGUUGAUUGAUUGUAUGUGUUCAGAAUUUAAUAUGUUAAUUAGAGUGCGUAUUAAAGUCAGUAUGGUAACAUGAAUAUAACUUACCGUAUUUGCUAGCUACAAUAGAGAAUUUAUUGUUUAGAUGCUAUAUGACUUAAUGAGAAUAUAUUUUUACUAUAUAGUCACAAGCUACGAAGCUAUCGACAUAGCCUUACUUAUAAGUUUCUAUGAGUUGUCCGCUGGUAUCGGAAAAUAUAAAAAAAACGAGAUUUAUAAAGAAAAUUAUAAAUUUCAGCGUAUUCCUAUUGGUUCUUAACUCGCUUUUAACAAUACGCCUUAUACGCACUCUACAAAAUAUAGUGAUUGACUAUUGUGGUAGACUUUUGGACUCUCUCAGUUGUGAUUUGUUAUUUAUUUCAAAUCCCAACUUCAAAUUUUGUUGAACUAUUGUUAAUUAUAUUAAAUCAUGUUUAGUCAAAUCUGUAUCUAUUAUUAUGUCUUAUUAAUUCAUGUAGCUGUGAAAUUUGUAAAUAAAUUAAAUAUUUGAA